AUGUCGUUUGCUAUAUGGUCAUACCGUCUGCGGAAAAACCCGAUAAUUUCGGUUGUGUUGCUUGUAACUGGACUAUUCUUACUCGGGUUUAUGUUCUUCUCUAAGGAGGAAUCUGUGCUGGGAUUUGAUGGAUCGUCAAUUUCGACGCACAAAUGGGCGCACGAGAGCGAAAAGUCGUUUUACUUCCCAUACUCGAGAAAAUUCAAGACUCCUAAAUACAGCUACAAGAAGAAGACCAACUGGCUUUUCAGCGAUAAAGUCGAAGAUGUGAUCCCCGUCGGCCACAUUGCGCACUACGACCUGAACAAAUUGGAGUCUACUGCGGACGCCGCCGUCAACAAAGAACAAGUCCUUAUUUUGACUCCAAUGCAGACUUUCCACGAGGGCUACUGGAAUAAUUUGCUCAGUCUUACCUAUCCCAGAGAAAACAUACAACUCGGGUUUAUUAUUCCACGGACUACGAGUGGAGAUACGGCAUUGCGCAAUUUGGAAGCUGCUGUGAAAAAGGUUCAGACGGCCAAGAAGGACCAGCGGUUCUCAAAAAUCACCAUUUUGAGGCAGGACUCGCAAAGUUUCGACAAAUUACGCGAAAAGGACAGACAUGCGCUCAGUGUUCAAAAGGAGAGACGUGCAGCCAUGGCGCUGGCACGCAACGAGCUGCUGUUCUCAACCAUAGGUCCCUACACCUCCUGGAUCCUGUGGUUGGAUGCUGACAUCGUAGAGACUCCUCCUACCGUUAUCCAGGACAUGACGGCUCACGACAAACCAGUUUUGUCCGCCAAUGUCUACCAACGCUUUUACGACAAGGAAGCUGCAAAGGACUCCAUAAGACCCUACGAUUACAAUAACUGGGCAGAAAGCGACAUUGGGCUGGAAUUGGCUCGCAAUAUGGCAGAUGACGAAAUAAUAGUCGAAGGUUACUCGGAAAUAGCCACUUACAGACCUCUUAUGGCUCUUUUCUACGAAGAUAACGGAUCUCCUUCUUCCGAAAUGGAAUUAGACGGUGUUGGCGGAGGUUGCACUCUAGUAAAAGCUGAGGUUCACAGAGAUGGGGCAAUGUUCCCUAGCUUCCCCUUCUAUCAUCUAAUCGAGACCGAGGGCUUUGCAAAAAUGGCCAAGCGUCUGGGUUACAAAGUUUAUGGUCUGCCGAAUUAUCUCGUUUUCCAUAUCGAUGAAAAGAACUGA